AUGACAUACGUUACUCGAACGGCAGACGGCUCCCCCUUCCACACGCCAGCACUACGCCGGCCACGCGUUGUGCCGGAAGCCGUGGUGCAGCGGCCCGUGCGCGCCGCGCCCAAUGUUCAAAGACGCGGACGCGCGCAGCGCCGCGUCCAAAUAGACCUUCGCCCCUUCGAUCGCCGCCCGCGGCGCGUCGCCGGCCGCGAGGCGCGCCGCGACGGCCGCGCUGAAGGUGCAGCCCGUGCCGUGCGUGUUCCGCGUGGCGACGGCGGGGCCUGCGCGGAGAUCAUCUGGGGGGCGCGGAGGUCGAGUCUCACACCGGGCGGGACACGCGAGGGUCGCGACGGCGCCGUCCGCGAAGGCGCACACGUCGACGAUGACGUCGUCGCCCGGAGCCCGCGGCGGCCCGAUCCACGCCAUCGACGGGGCCUCGUCCUCGCCCAGGCGCGCGCCCUUGACCACGACGGCGCGCGGCCCGUGCUCGAGGAGCCGCGCCGCGAGCGCCCGCGCGCGGUCCACCGAGAGCGUUCCCUCGACCGCUUCGCCGCCCAGCAGCUGCGCCUCGGCCGCGUUCGGCGUGAUCACGGUCGCGAGCGGCAGCAGCUCGGCCUUGAUCGCUUCGAUCGUCGCGUCGUCGACGAAGACGUCGCCGGACGCCGCGCACACGACCGGGUCGACGACCACGCCGCCGACGUCCGCCGCGCGAAGCCGCCGCGCGACCGCCUCGACGACGUCCACGGAAGCGAGCAGGCCCGUCUUCACGGCGUCCACCGCGAAGUCGUCGAAGACGGCGUCCAUCUGCUCCACGACGAACGCGGGCGGCAGCCCGUGCACGCCGUGCACGCCGACCGUGUUCUGCGCCGUGAUCGCCGUCACCGCGUUCGUGCUGAACACGCCCAGGGCCUCGCAGGUCUUGAUCUCCGCCUGCAGGCCCGCGCCGCCGCCGCUGUCGCUGCCCGAGACGAGCAGCACAGUUGGCGGGGCCAGCGCGGCGGCGCAGCUCGUGAUCAGCAGCAGCACGAAACGCAGCAUCGUCGCCCUGCUUCAGUGCUGCAGCGAUGUAUUCGCCAAUUGAAUGAUCGAGUGCAGUUUUUGCCCAAAAUCGCGUCUCUCAGCCCCGGCGCCGGG